GAGAGAGAGAGAGAGAGAGAGAGAGAGAGAGUUCUCUACUGGAUUAGAUCAUUAUCCACUGAUCCAUCGAACUAGGUUUUUCUCGUAUUCCCUGCUUCGUUAAGAAAUGCUCCGAGAUCGUGGUGGUGCUGUGAAGUCGAGCAGCCCAAAGAAGAUCUUUACCGACGUCCGCUUCGUGCUUUUUGGAUUUGACUCCGUUUCCGAGGCCCAGUAUCGGUCAGAGCUUGGUGAGGGAGGAGGAGUUGAUGUUGGACGGUAUGAUUCCAGUUGCACCCAUGUGGUUGUAUCUGGGCGUGUUUUUGAUGAUCCCGUUUGUGUAGCAGCGAGGAAUGAUGGGAAAAUUCUGGUCACAGAAUUGUGGAUUGAUGAUAGCUUGGGCUUUGGAAUGCUUGCAGAUUCCACAAAGGUUUUAUAUUGGCCUCCUAGAGAUUUGAGUGGGAUUCCUGGAAGCACGUCAUUACACAUUUGUUUGACUGGAUAUCAGAGACAAGAGCGUGAUGAUAUCAUGAGAAUGGUUUCCUUGAUGGGAGGACGUUUUUCAAAGCCUUUGAUAGCAAACCAAGUUACUCAUCUCAUUUGCUAUAAGUUUGAAGGUGAAAAAUAUGAACUUGCCAGAAAAGUUAAUAUAAAGCUUGUCAAUCAUCGAUGGCUGGAGGAUUGCCUGAAGGCUUGGGAGAUCCUGCCAAUCGAUAGCUAUAAAAAAAGUGGGUGGGAGUUAGAGAUGCUUGAGGCUGAGGCUAUGGAUUCUGAAGAAGAAGCUGCGGAUGCUUGUAAAAAGGCUACAGUGCAGAGAAGUUGUGCAGAAUCACCUACUGUUCCAGCUGUAAUGUCAGUUACCAUUGGUUCUGGUACUUUGGUGGACACUAGAAACCUUGGCCUGAAGAAAAAUAUUUUAACUGCGAAGCCAUCUGAUCUUUCUGUUGAUAGUCAAUUGAUUUCUAAUUCACCCAAUGGAAACAGUUCUGGAAAAGCUACUUAUAUUUGUGAUUCCAAGAGUGGGGUACUUGAUGUAAAUCGCAGCGUUGCUGAACAACUUCCUGGUUAUCAUGGUAUGGGUAUCAUCAAUAGCAAACAGCCAAAUACUCCAGAUCUUGUAGAUUUAAACAUGAAGUGUAAUGGUUUGCUCUCCAAUUUAAGGAACAGUUCGGUGGGUAUGACUUCCUGUGAAGACGACAGGAAAUUGGAUUCUGUAGGAUACUCUAGAAGAACUACUGAGAAAGUUGUUUCACCGAAAGAACAGUUUAAUAACUUGUGCACCCUUGAUAAAGGAAAACCUGAAGAAGUAAGAAAAGAUGAUGUUAAUGUUAGUUCUUCAGAAUCGAUGGACGAGGCUUCAAAGAAUUGCAUAUCCGAUAAUUUACGUAGUCCAAUAAACGGUUUAAAAAAGACAUACGUGGAAGGACAAACUCAUGUAUCGCCUAGUAAGCGCAAACUUUCCAAUUCAAUGAUUAGUUUAAAAUCAAUAAAAUCAAAUCAGGACUCUGGCUUACUGGAUGCCCCAAAAGGAUUUAAUUUGGCAAAAUAUGAUUUUCUUAUGCCUCAACAACGAGAACUAGAAAAUACACCUGCGCGUGAUGAAGCAAGGACGGGUAUCUGCCACAUGGCAGAAGGCAAGGAUAAAUUUCAUCAAAUGGAAAGGUUCCCUCUUUCAAGUACUUGUCAAAGGUCUCCAGAGUUGGAACAGCACGACUCAGGAACUUGUAUCAAACGAAGUCCUAAAAGUAUGAGGCCCAGACAAGUUGAAUAUAUGAAUGCACCACAUGUUGAGAUUGAUCAUGGUCUUACUUGUACAGAUGGUUUCGAAGGUACUUCAUUUGCACAACCCAGGGCAAACAAACGUGGUUCAUUGUCAAAAUCCAGCUCCCUAACCCGCAACAGGAAAUUUCUUAAACAUUUGAACUCAGCUUCUGUAGCUAAUAUAUCCGGUAAUUCCAGUUCAAAGUUGAAUAGUAAGGAUGAACUUCUGAGCGUUCCUUCUAUGCCAGCAUUGGAUGGGACAGUGUGUGCAACUGAUGAACCUGUAUCUAGAAUUGGAACAAUGAAUGGCAUUACUUCUCCUGAAGCUAUGGUGCUUUCAGAUUGUCCGCUAAAUAAUGAGACUGGGCUGGCUGAGGGUAGAAGCACGGGAAAUGAGUCGAACUUCCUUCGUUCACCAUUGGCUGCUGAUGGUGGAAACGUAAACGAAGCUCCUAUGAGCGUGAGGGUACUUGAAGCACCUUUGAAAAGAACAAGAAAAUCUGAAGCAGAUAUUAAAUCUCACGAUUUUGAUGGUGUUUCAAUGACAUGCGAGACUGAUAUUCACAAUAAAGCACCCGAACAACAUGAAAAACCAGGUGAGAACCAAAAUGCUUCUUCAUAUGCAUUGAAGGACUCUAAGGUAAAAGAUUCUGUUUGCACUGAGAUUGAUAGAUUUUGCACGAAAGGCAAAGCAAAUGAUGUCUCUAUUCAUCGCAACUGCAAAGUGCUUGUUAGUCGUAGUACAGGCUGCAGGCCUAAGCUAAGCAGAGAAAGUUGUAAAAAUAAAAGUUCUAGUGAUCCACUCAGAAGCAUCAAUUCAAACAAGACAGCCUCUAAAUUAGGAAAUGGCAUUGGGGAAUUGGGUGAUGUGGACAAUCUGAAUGAAAAGGUCGAGAAGGAUGGCUCACCGAUGAAGGAGAAAGAAGUGGAGCAUUGUUAUGCACCUGUAAGCAACUCUAGCAUUAGUACACUAUAUACAAAACAACUUGACCAGGAAAAGGAGAACGAGCUGAAAGAUAACUGUAAAUUGUUUGUCAAAGAAGGCAAUGAUUGUGAUCAAAAAGUAAAAAAAAUAUGCAAAAAGAACCUUAGCGUUAAACGUUCAAGCAGAGAUAAUAUCAAUUCAUUUACAAAACUAAGCAGUUUAAGCACUGCGAUUGAGCCUAGGUGGUUUAUAUUAAGUGGUCAUAAGAGUCAGAGAAAAGAGUUCCAAAAAAAAUUAAAACAGCUCAGAGGAAGGAUAUGCAAGGAUUCUCAUAGUUGGUCAUACGAGGCUACACAUUUUAUUGUACCAGAUUAUGUUCGGAGAACUCAGAAGUUCUUUGCCGCUGCCUCAGCGGGAAGAUGGAUUCUUAAGUCGGAUUACUUGAGUGCCAGUGUUGAAGCCGUCAAGUUUGUAAAUGAAGAACCCUUCGAAUGGUAUCACAAAGGCCUUACUGAAGACGGUGCAAUCAGCUUGGAAGCUCCACGAAAGUGGCGCACUUUGAGAGAAAGGACUGGCCACGGUGCCUUCUAUGGGAUGCGCAUUAUCAUAUAUGGAGAAUGCAUUGUUCCCCCACUGGACACCCUGAAACGAGCAGUGAAAGCCGGAGAUGGCACCGUUCUAGCGACCUCCCCUCCUUACACCCGCUUCCUUAAAUCCAGCAUCGAUUUCGCCAUCGUGAAUGCCAGCAUGCCGGUAAUUGACGUGUGGAUUCAAGAAUUCUUGAGGCAUGAGAUACCUUGUGUCCUUCCAGAUUACCUGGUGGAAUACGUAUGCAAGCCUGGUUAUUCUCUUGAGAAACAUGUUCUUUAUGAGACCCAUAAAUGGGCAGAGAAAUCUUUUGCAAACCUUCUUAGCCGCUCAGAAGAGCUGGUUUCUGAUGAAGUUUCUGCUGAAGAUGACUUGUCUGAUAUUAAAUGCCUGGCCUGUGGUUCUCCAGAUAGGGAAGAUGUGAUGCUAAUCUGCGGCGACGAGGCUCGCACCCGCGGCUGUGGUGUUGCAACUCAUAUAGACUGCUGCGAUCCCCCGCUUACGAAAGUUCCGGAGGGCGACUGGUUCUGCCCCAGCUGCAGUAGAAAGACGGGGAAGAAGGCCCCGUCAAAGACCAACCAAGUAAAACGCAAGAAGGGUAAGUGAUCAUUGGAAUGCAAUAAAAAAUUCUUGUAUUUUACAUAUCUCAAAUCUAAACUUUCAUAUUGUCAUAGCAUUUCGGUGCUUUAAACCUAUAUAUAAACAAUAAAAAUAGUGCUAUUUUUGUUGUGGUAUUAAAGAUCUGAGUGCCGUGUGUAAAUACAAACGUUUAGGUGGGAGACAUGUAAAUACAUAAAAAUUGUGUGUAAACCUCGACAAAUCUUGAUAGG